AUGAAGCUCAUCAACUUCUCUUCGCUUCUUAUUUUUACUUCUUCGUCACUAGCACAGACCUUUGAAAAGUUCACUGACGACAACGGUAUUACCUUCUGGCAAGGGACUUGGUCAACGGGCGUCGGCGAUGGAGAUUCACAACUGGGCAUGGCAUUGCCUGAUGCUUCACAAGACACCCUUAUCAACGAAUACAUCGGCAGACUCGUUGUUUCUCGCCCUGAGAGCGGAACAUGGUUGGGAAUCGGUCACAACUCUGGCAUGACUGGCAAUUUGCUAUUGCUCAGCUGGGUCAAUGAAGAUGACAACAGUGUGAUGACAUCCUUCCGCUACGCAAGUGGUUACACGGAGCCAGCAAUCUACGACGGAAAUGCAACCUUGGGUGUCAUCUCAUCGAGCGUGAAUGACACGCAUUACGAGCUUACUUACAGAUGUCAGGAUUGUUGGGCUUGGGAUCACGAUUCUGUCCCGGGAUCACAGCUACCAAAGACUACCACCAAAGCUGCUCAAAUCAUGGGAUGGGCACAAGCCACCGACGCUCCGACGAACCCCAAUGAGAAGGAUUCUGGAAUCCGCCAGCACGCCGCAGUUGGCGCAUUUGCUGUGACCGUCGAAUCUGCGAGGAACACAGCAUAUACAGACUGGACCUCCCUGGCCUCAGCAUCAGCCACAGCUACUGCGACUGGUGUGGAUGCCAGUCCAACCGGAAAUGUGACAACUCCUACUUCACCAACCAACUCCACUGUGACCUCCGCUGCUUGCGCAGAGAAUAGAGUCAUUUCCAACACGACAUUCGACUACAUUGUCGUCGGCGCUGGCGCUGGCGGUAUUCCUCUAGCCGAUAAGCUGUCUGAAAGUGGAGCCAGUGUCUUGUUGAUCGAAAAGGGUCCACCAUCUUCGGGACGCUGGGGAGGUACCAUGAAACCAGAGUGGCUCGUGGGCACCAAUCUCACUCGUUUUGACAUCAACGCCUUGAACAAUGAGGUGUGGCGAGACUCCGAGGGUAUAGCAUGUUCAGAUGUUGCAACUAUGGCGGGCUGUGUGCUCGGCGGCGGUACCGCGGUGAAUGCUGGCCUCUGGUGGAAGCCAAACCCCGAGGACUUCGACUACAACUUCCCAGAGGGCUGGAAAGCUGCUGAUAUGGAGGGUGCCAUCGACCGUACGUUCUCCAGAAUCCCAUUCACUCAAACGCCCUCCAUGGACGGACGGAUCUACCAAGGUCAGGGGUACGACAUUAUUGGUGGAGCUCUCGCUGCAUCUGGUUGGAAGAAUGUCACAGCGGGCGAUGAGCCUGCUGAGAAGAAUCAUACAUUCUCUCGUCCGAAUCACAUGUACAGUAACGGAGAGCGGGGAGGUCCAUUGGCAACAUACCUGGUCACUGCCAAUGAACGGGAGAACUUCCAACUCAUGGUCAACACCACAGUCCACAGAGUACUUCGAGACGGCGCACGUAUCACUGGCGUAGAAACCGGUGCUACUCUUGACGGCGGUCAAUGCGGUACAAUCAACGUCACUCCCGGAACUGGCAAGGUUAUCCUCAGCGCUGGAGCCUUUGGUACCCCAAAGAUCCUCUUCCGUUCCGGAAUUGGCCCAAAGGACCAGCUCGACAUCGUCUCCAAGGCGGAGGGUGACGCUAUGGUCACUAGCAGUCAAUGGAUCGAUCUUCCGGUCGGCCGCAACUUGGAUGAUCAUGCCAACACGGACAUUGUCAUAACUCACCCCAACGUUACCAGCUACGACUUUUAUGGAGCAUACGAAAAACCGAUCGUGAGCGAUGUGGACCGCUUCCUCGCCAACCGAACUGGUAUGCUUACCCAGUCAGCACCGAACCUAGCAACCGUUUUCUGGCAAGAGAUUACCGGAGCCGACGGCAUUACACGCCAACUCCAAUGGACAGCCCGCGGAGAAGGUAGCCAUGGCAUAGUCGAUGAAAAAGCCAUGACCAUCUCCCAAUACCUUGGCCGUGGAGCGAUCGGACGUGGGCGAACCACCAUCACGCCAGCAUUGAACAUGGUUAUCUCUGAAGUUCCUUAUCUCAAAGACGAAAACGAUGUUGCGGCUGUCGCUGCAGGAAUCGAAUCCCUGAGGCAAGCUCUCGCAACAGAUCCGUCGAUUCAAAUCGUACAUCCGCCUGCCAAUCAGACAACGGAAAAGUUCCUGGCGGACUACCCGCUGACACCAGGCGCUCGAAGUGCAAACCACUGGAUUGGGACUUGCAAAAUGGGCCUUGAUUCUGGUCUCGAUAACGGUACUGCCGUGGUGGAUACCAAUACCAAAGUUUACGGCACUGAUAACCUGUUCGUUGUUGAUGCUGCUGUUUUCCCUGGCAUGGUGACCACGAACCCCAGUGCGUUGAUCGUCAGUGUUGCUGAGCAUGCUUCGGAGAAGAUUAUGGCAUUAGAUGCCAGUGCCGGUGCUGAGAAUGCUUCCGAAAAGAUUGUGGCAUUAGAUACCAGUGUCGGUGCGGAGCGGACCAUCAGAUUGACUGCUAAGAGGUUUGAAGGAGCUAGAAAGAAGUAA